UGCUUCAGCCGCAAGCUUUCUUUCUUCCAUUCAUGGCGCGGAAGUUGAAGGAAUAUUUGUUGGCAGCGGUGGUGUUGGUGUUUCUUGGGUCGAGGCGUGAAGCUUUUGUUUCGGUGCCCUCUCUGAGAACCGGAAGAGGUGCCACGGCACCCACUGGGCGCACAUCGCCCAGAUCUGUCGCAGUCCGUGCACAUUGGGGCCUAGGACCACUUGGGCCGGUCGAAAGUGCGGCAGCUUUCCGAAUCUAUUUCCUUCCAUUUGUGGAUCCAUUGGAGAUUGAUGAGACCUUAAUAGAUCAGCUCUUUGGUGGUUGGUUUGGUCCUUUAACUCCGCUGCUGUUGGGUUUGUUGGUUUUCUGGGUCCAAAGCCAAAUCAAUGCCGUGCGUCGUGAACAAGAAGGCCGUGUCAUUGGCUCUGCUGCAAAAGCCGUCGGCGACUGGGGAAAGUUCCAGCCGAACAAUGGUUCAAGCUCCUCCUUUGUUUGGCUUUGGAUCUUGCAGGUGAUGCCACAUUUUUACUUCCAGGUGCUGGCGAACUGGGAGAUUUGGCCUUUGCUCCCUUUGAAGCAUUAGCUUUGCGGUCAUUGUUUGGUGGAGGCCUUUUGUCAAUUCUGGGCUUUGCUGAGGAGGCUUUACCUUUCACAGAUGCAUUACCCACAGCGACCACUGGUUGGGUCCUUCAAACACUCUUCAGCGACUCUCCCCUGGCGCAACUUCUGGGCAUUCAGCCACUUGAGAUGGACACGCCGAACACGAAGAAACCCGAGAGAGACCAGAAAUGACAUUCAUAGCCUCAAUCACGCGGCAAGAUGGCAGACAUUUACCGAAUCUGUUCCCAACCGUCAAUCCAAGCACCGCAUGGGAA